CGUGCUCGCGCGAUUUAAUUAAUCUCGAAGUUAAUCGUUAAUUUCUGUGGCCGCACUACGUGAGUGAGUCUUGAAGAACGAAAAAAUAUCCAAGAACAGUUGCAAAGAGGAGGACUUUUCCUGGCCUCACCUUUUUGUUCCAUUGCAAUUUUCCGUAUUUUAACGCUAAGCGAAGGAAAAUCGUGCCCGAUCGUUGUUAUUUUCUUCAUCAAUGGUGCUCGAAAUACAAAGUGUUGUCAAUAUACAUCUAUUGAAAUCGUGUUAGCAUUUAGCAUAAGAAUUUGUAGUGAAAUCAAUCGUGUCGAAGAAAUAGUGUGACAAAAUGGGUGCCUCUUUGCGGGACUUUUUGUCCAACGAGGACAGGCGAAAGGCGACCGCAUUGUGGAAAACCAAGUAUGGUGGUCUUCAGCGUGAGCGUUAGUGUGAGAGAAUUUUUCACGAGCCAUUGUUGUCUCAUGUGCUCUUCGGUGCUUGAUCGAAUCGAAUCGGUGGAGCCGGCUGGUACCAAUAGCGGAUCCCGUCGAUGAUGAUUGAAGGGAAAAUCUCAAAUUGAGAGUAAUCAUUAAUUACUGUUUUAUCAAUACUGCUGCUUCCGCUGCCGCUGGAACGAACAUUUAAAAUUCGUCGAAGGGCGUCGCGACGCAUGCAGGUGGCAGGAAAAGCAGACAGCAGGUUCUACAAAGAGCAGGAAGCCGUGCGGGAACUAACACUGAGUGGAAAAGCCGCAGUUGAGAGAAGGAGUAGUACCCUUAAUACUGUGAGAAAAUUUCGAGAGCCGAACUGACCGCAUUGUAGUGGUGUGGUGUGUUGUGACUUUUUUCUCUGACAAUACGUGGAAUGUUGUCUGUGCGCGGGGUAACGGAUAAGUAGUGCGGUGGGUUCUCUGUCAAAAUAGAAAUAAACUGGUGCGCUUCUUACGGCUUCAGGAGCAGCUCGGAAGCAUAUAUAGAACACAAUCAAGUGUAAUUGAAGUGGCAUAGCGCAAGGGUAGACGUGUAGUUAGCAGGAAGAAGAAGAAACGCUUUACUUCAAGCAGAGAACGUUACGGUGCCGGUUCUGUUUGGUACGGUAGUGGUCAGCUAUAUUGACAUAUCCUGAGAUUCAACUUUAGACAAGGCCAACGAUCGGACUAUAUUGAAAAAUGGACACAGAGGCAGCGUUCGGUCGUCGCGGAUGGCAUCUACAACAAUGCACUGUUUAUGCAUGCGGCCACAUCACACGUCGGCAACAUUGUGCAAGUCCAGACAGCAUCCGGUGUCAUAUACGAAGGAGUGUUCCGGACAUUCUCGUCGCAGUUUCAGGUUGUGCUGGAAAUGGCACAUCGCAUUGAGGUCGGUCCGGACAACGAGAGCAAAAUCAUUGUAGAUUCGGUAGUCGAUCGGCUCAUAUUCAAGCCCUGCGAUAUUGUCAGUAUUGCUGCGAAAGACGUCGACCUAGACUACGCCACCAGAGACACAUUUAAGACGGACACCGCCAUUUCCCGCUGCAACGGCAACGGUCGACCAGAGGAACGGGAACUCGAACCUUGGGACGAAAGUGGAGCACUGAACGGCGAAUGCGAGUUCAACUUGGAACUGGACGCCAACGCCAAUGGAUGGGAUGUGAAUGAUAUGUUCCACAAGAAUGAAACGAUCUACGGAGUACAGUCAACGUUUGAUCAGUCACUAACCGGCUACACGGUUCAGAUAACAAAGAAAGAUUCCGAUGAAUUCAAAGUUCAGGAAUCGGAAGCGGAAAGAAUCGCAAAUGAAAUAGAAAACAAUCCAAUAUACAAGGACCGUAUUGAUUUGGAAAACGGUGACGAAGAGUCAGCUUUUGCGGCUGUCGUUCGACCGAACGACUCCAGUCCGCAGCCGUCGUCAGGGUCGGCAGCCACUUCACCAGCACAAAGUUCUAAUAGUAUGAACGAUAAGAGUAGCACUAGCAAUAAUAGUACAGUGAUGCCAUCGAACGCGAAAUACAUUGUUCCGGCGAAACGCAAGCCCGGUCAGGUUGGUAAGUUAACUGUUCGCAGCACUCCGCCUCCGUUGACCAAUAACGGUGGACCGCCAUCGCAGCAACAGCAGCAACCACCAGCUCAACAACCCCUGAGCCCACAAGCGCCACACAAAAACAGUUAUCCGAAUAUGUCAAUGCCUUCGCAGCCUCUGCAACAGCAGCCGCAGCAGCAACAACCACAACAGCCCCAACAACCCCAACAACAGCAGCAACAACCACAACAGGCACAAUCUCAGCCACAGCAACCGCCACCUAAUAAUCAGCACGGAGGCGGUGGAAUGCAGCCACAACCCCCGCAUGCAUCACAGUACGUGUACGGUCACGUGCAACAUCAACCACAUCAACAACAACCACAGCAGCCACCGCCGCCUCAGCACGGCCAAUCUCCGGUUGUAAAUAGUAACAAUAACAUGAACAAAAUGAACGGAGACGGUGGACGGGACAUGUCGAAUAGCAGUAGCAUGAAUGUAAAUAGUAACACUAAGCCUUUGCCUCAGCGACCCAUGCGGCAAUAUCCGAGUGCGGCCACGGUCAAUUACAAUGAACCGCCGCCCUCGCUCGGCCCUCAGCCAAUGACUGGCCAGAUGCAAGCGAUGGGUAAACCACCAAUGCAUGUUACCCAUCCGCACCAUGCGACUCACAUGCCUCCACCGCCCGUGGACACUCAGCAGAUUCAGCAGCAGGUGGUGAUGCAACCUCAUCCCGUAGUGCUCUCUGCACCGAUCUUAAGCGUUGCAGGUCCUGCUCCACCACAGCAGCAGCAAAUGCAACAACCUCCGCCGCAACCACAGCGCCAGGUUGUCGACAAUUUACGAAAGUUUAGCCAAGACUUCAAGCUGGCACCUCCUCAGCAGCAACCGCCAAUGCAGAGUGUCCAUCAGCAACCACCUCCGCAACACAGCGUCCAGCAAAUGCAACAGCAGGAUCACACAUCUCCCAACCCCCCGAUGGAAUCUUCACCGCCAAUCUCACAGAACCAGAAACAUUCGGAACCUUCACCCCAUCAACAACAACAGCAAAACCAAUCUUCCCAAACCCCGUCAGGAAUUGUCCAUCAGCCUCAACACAUGGUUCCAACCCAACAGCCACAGCAACCACCACAAUCCCAACCUCCACAACAGCAACAACCACCACCACAGCCACAAUCUUUGCAACAAACUGCAACGAGCUCGCCACCACAAACAGCGUCUUCUGUUCACAGCAAUAGCAGUGCAGGAUCGGUCAGUCAGAUCAACACUUCAACUAGCAGUAAUAGCAGUGCUGCGAACAGUUCUAGCGUUGGCAACCAGAUUCAAAUCACUUCCACUGUGGACACCAUCACCGGAAGCACUAAUGUCGAUGGCACGGUAAAGAUCGUUCCGAAGAAAACGUUCACCCUGAACCCUGCGGCGAAGCCAUUCACUCCUCGCAGUCCCAGUACACCCAAUCCUUCACGUCACACGUCUUCUAGCCCUCACACCCCGCAGACGCCCGGUCCAGUGCAAAUGCAGCAACAGCAACAACAGCAACAACAACAACAGCAACAGCAGCAGCAGCAACAACAGCAACAGCAGCAGCAACAACAACAGCAACAACAGCAGCAGCAGCAACAACAACAGCAGCAGCAACAGCAACAGAAUUACUCGCAGCAGCAGCACAUGCAUCAGCAAAUCUACCUACCUACAUACGUGAUGCCCCCGCAGAGUGCAUUCCAAACGACUCAGCAACAUCCGCAUCCCGGACAAACGCGUAUCCGGAAAGGUGUGCCGGUUGCAGCAGCCUCCCAGAUUCAGGUGGCAGCAGCCACUGGUCAGCCCCUGAUGACUGGUCCCAUUCAAAUGUUCCCGCCCUAUCCGCCAGCGCUACAUCAUCAGCACUUCCAGGCAGCACCUUCGUUUCCGCCUCGGUACGUCUACCACGAAACUGGGCAGCCAGCCCAGCUGCAGUAUCUCACGCCUACCCCGCCCUCGACGACACCCUCGCCUGGACAGCCCCACCAGCAGUACCAUCAUGGAUCGCAACCCUCGCAAGCGACCGCAGGGCCUCCCACGUACGUUCCGGCCCACCAACAUCAGCCCCCGCAGUAUCCGGUGGUGUGCCCCAUGGUACCCACACCAACACAAAUCAUUCCCACGAUCUACCAGAACAUGACCCAGGCGGCACCUCCCCAGAACCACCACCAGCAAAACUUACACGUAAUGCACGUGACGCAGCACCCAUCCGCUCAGUAGCAUAAAUUCAAUGCCAGCAGCAACAACAUCAGCAGCAGCAGCAACAGUAGCAACAAUAAUGGGUACCAUCAUCAUCACCACCACCACCACCAUCAUCAUCACCCGGGCGCCGCCAACAACAACAUCAACAGCACCGGAGCAAUCGCCCACAGCGGCGUGUCGUACGGUGGUAAACCGAUCAAGAACUGAUGAAGCACCGCAGUGUAGGUUUGUAUUUCAAGAAUAAUAGUGUUCGAUGUGUAUCAUUGCGUUAGAAACUACGUGAAUUUGAUACAUUGUAUAUUGAUCGAGAGAAGAAAGCAAAUCCGUAUCGCGUGCGUGUGGAAACUACUACAUACUACAUACCAUCUGCUAUUAGAGAGUGUAGAUAUCUUCUUUUCUCAGUUGUUUGAUUGUUUCGCAGCAAAGCAUAAGUUAUAUAGUACUAUUACUAUUGUACCACUAGUAAGUAGCUAUGUCAAACUGUUAGCAAGUGGAAAUCGUCACAGUCAGUGACAGUGUAGGAGGAAGGCGAAACACGCAGUGUGAUGGAUCGAUGGAGGUAGAAGUGUUGCAUUUUCUUGUUUAUUUUUUAAGUGUUUUGGCACAUGAAGGGAGGUACAGAUAAAAGCGUCCGAACGCAAAAUUAUCGUAACGAAAAGAAGGAGGUGAAGAUUUAGGCAUUACCAAUUUUAUCAGCAACGUUGCAAACAAGUACUAAUGGCUAGGCCACCGGCAGUUUAGGGAUAAACGAAAGGAAAACGUGAAUGAACCUACUGGUAGAAUCAGAGAACAGAGAGAGAGAGAGAAGAAAACGUGUGUUUAUGAGGGAUGUGUUUAUAAAUAGUAGAGCCCUAGCGUUGUAAACACAAAAAAAAUAGAUGAAGAAACAAGAAUGAGUCGGUGUUGAACGAUAUUUGCGGCCUAGUUUACACGGUAACCGCAAAAUUCUCAAUAAUGGCUAUAAAGUACGCAUUUUCGAGGGAAAAUGGGACCACCCAUUAAAUAGGUAUUACUAUGGGUAGUCCCAUUUUCCCUCGAAAUUUCGUACUUUUUAGUCAUUAUUCAGUAUUUUGCGGUUACCGUAUAGUUGGAGCAAAAACAAACUUGAUUAUCUCGAAUAGGCAUCAGGUGUUGUAGCAGAUGUAUUUAUUUCUUGUUUUUUUAUUAUUAUUAUUUGUUAAGCGGAGAAAUACAGUUGUUCCCACUUGGAGAAUCCCACUUGGCAUAAAAUCGUUUAGAAGUUGAACUCGUCGCUGUUAAGGUAAUGGGUCUAUGGAACUAUCCUUUGUUCGCCAAAUCACGUUCAUAAGUCUUUUGAUUCCUUCAUAUAAGUCGUUUGAACGACUUUCGGCACUCUUGGGAAGGUUGUUGAUCUUUAUCACUUUCUUCCCACCCAACAUAAUAUUUCACGAAAUAUUUUAUUCGAAGCAAGUUCACGGAAAAUUAAUUUAUGUGCAAUUUGAUUGUUUUUUAUGGUUGAGAACCAUAUUAUUCUUAACCCUUAAUUCGUU